ACCAUUAAAAAUUUCAAUCGGCUUGUGGCGUUCGGAGCGAACGGUCAACCAGUAAAAUGUUUGCCAGCAGAGGAAUCUUGGUCCUGGCACUGCUGCUGAUUUCGGCAAUUGGUGGCCAAUCUGAAUCGAUCCCCUGCAAACUGAAGGAGGAGACUCAUGGCAAGGUGUGCGUCUGCACGGCAGACUAUUGCGAUUACUUGGAAAAUCCCGUGCUGACGGAUGAAAACGAGUGGUUCCUGAUCUCCAGUUCCAAACAGGGACUCCGAUUCUCUACAACCAGUGAUAAAUUCGGGACUGAGGAGAAAGUCACUGUGCAGGAUUAUGUGGAGCCUGCCCCUGAGACGAAGAAUAAAACUAUCCUAUCGCGCCUGGUCGAUAAGGUGGUGGCCAGUGCUUUUACUUUGGAGUCCCGGGAGAGUUCCAUCACUCGCUCAGUGACCCUGCGUUUGGAUAGAAACAAGACCCACCAGAAGAUGGUGGGUUUUGGAGGCAGCUAUACCGGAGCUGUGGAAUAUUUGGUGGAUAACUUCAAGCAGUCGGAAAUGGCCGAUCACCUGUACAAGUCCUUCUACGCCGAAGAUGGUCUGGGCUUUAAUCUCAUGCGAGUUUCCAUUGGCGGCUGUGACUUUGACCUAGAGCCUUGGUCCUACGCCGAGGAAGUGGAUGAUACCUUGCUCUCGGAUAUGGAUGAACUGAACGCCCAUGAUGUGAAGAAAGUGGAGCAGAUCAAGCGCCUCAUUGCAGUGUCCGGCGUGAAGAAUCUUCUCGUCAAAGGAGCCGCCUGGAGUGCUCCGCCAUGGAUGAAGACCAACAAUAAGUGGACAGGAUUUGGACGACUUAAGCGGGCUUACUAUCAGACCUGGGCUGACUAUCAUCUGCGUUGGAUAAAACUGAUGGAGGACAAUGGCAUUCCCAUCUGGGCCAUUUCCACGGGCAACGAGCCCCUCAAUGGCAUCGUCUUUAUGUACUUCGUGAGAUUCAUGAGCAUGGGAUGGACUCCGCAGACCCAGGCCAUUUGGCUGAAUGAUUACCUGGGUCCCACCAUACGUAACUCUGAGUUUAAUGACACCAUCCUUUUUGGCAACGACGAUCAACGCUACUCCUUCCCCCAUUGGUUUAAAAUGAUGAACUAUACCCGACCCAAUUCGAUUGAUUAUCUUGACGGAUUAUCGUUGCACUGGUAUUGGGAUGAGAUUUUCGGCAACAGCUUUAUCGAGCACACCACUGAGUAUGCCCCCGACAAGAUCUUGAUAGUUUCGGAGUCCUGCAUCGGGGAUAAACCCUGGCAGGCUGCUGCUCCUCUUCUGGGAAGUUGGGAGCGGGCCGAGAAGUACGCCCGUGAUUACCUGCAGAACAUUAAAUUGGGAUUCCAAGCCUGGAUCGACUGGAACAUUUGCCUAGACGAAAAGGGUGGUCCCAACUAUGUGGACAAUACUGUGGAUGCUCCAGUUAUAGUCAAUACUACAACCUAUGAGGAGUUCUACAAGCAGCCCAUGUUCUACGCCAUGGGUCACUUCUCCAAACUGGUUCCCGAGGGAUCCGUUCGUAUAGAUGCCGUUCCCAGUAACGUCAAUCUGGAUUCGGUGGCCUUCCAGCGACCGGAUAACAAAAUCGCCGCUGUUCUAUUUAAUAGCGGUCGCGCAGAUCUGGACAUCACAGUGGUGGAUAGUGUUCGUGGUCAGUUCGUCGUAAACGUUCCGGCCAAAUCCAUUCACACGUUAUUGUACAGCUAGAAACAUUUUAUUAUUAGAAAAAAAAAUGAAAU